AUUGAGUUAGAACUUUGGUCUCUGUAAUUGGUGAGUGGAGCCAACGGAGUUCAGCGGAACGACCAAUAGAACAGAGACCGAAGUUUUUGGUCUACGGUGCAGGCUGCUUGGCCUCAGGCCGCGCUCAGCUCAGCUGUUAUCAGCAGUCAGCGCAGUCAGCCUAGGCUAUGUUGACUGCAUUACCUUUACAGCAGGCAAGAUCAUUGUGUAGAUCGAUUGACUGGAAGUAUCCACAAAAUGACAGACAAAAACUGCAACAGACUGAGGCCAUUAACUGUGAAGAGGAUCCAUACAAAGUAGAAGCAGAAAAAUGCAUUUUAUGCAAGUAUCAAGUCCCAGUGUCAUAUAAGAAUGUCCAGCUGCUCUCUCAGUUUGUAUCACCUAAUACGGGUCGUAUCUUUGGUCGUCACAUCACUAAACUGUGUGAAGCACAGCAUCACAGGGUUACCAAAGCUAUUAAGAGGGCCAUACAAAUGGGUUUUAUGCCAAACCAGUACAGGUCGACACAGUUCCUGAAGGAUCCAAGCCUCUAUGAUGUCAGGUACACCGGUAGCAAUGUGAUUGGACAGUAUUCCAAGCUACCUGAUAGCAACAUCAGUGAAGAGGAGCUGCUGGAAGCACAUUAGCGGCGCUCUGAUGAAGAUGAAAAGACAACAAAGAGUUGAUGAACUGUGCGUUUAUAUAGAAAGACUAUUGAUAUGAAGCAGUGAUGUUUUGAUUUACGAUUGACUGGGAGCGCCAGCAAGGACAGUAUUCUCUAUUUGAUUGUAAUAUUGACCAUCAACGACCGUAACCACAGUUAUUUUGCUAAGUACUACAUCGUGUGAUGUUUCACCUGUUGUCUACAAUUUCUUACCUGAGAAUGCUGUUUAAGUAAAGGGAAAUUUAUCCUUUACUUUUUCAGGUGAAUUUAAGAUCAUUGUUGAUUAUUACAAAUGUACAGUGAAAUCUGUCUGUAGUGACCACCCAUGGGUAACAUGAAAUGUGGCCUUUAUAGACAGAUGGCUGCUAUAGACAGGUUCGUAUACACACAAUCUGCCUCCAUGGGAAUCAGUUUUAGUGGUCACUAUAGGCAGGGGGUUGCCAUAGACAGGUGACCACAAAGACUGGUUUGACUGUUCAAAAAGCAAUUGCUAGCAGACAAAAAGGGGAAUGAUCUCUAUUUGCUCUUUUUAGGGGGAUAGGGACUGCCUCCAUCAGCCCAUUCCUCCUCUACCUGGAUGUGUACUGUCUUGUUGGAAAAGUUUGGACACUCGUCAUCAAUUCGCUCAUCAUUGCCCAAACAAUCUGUUUGGGAGGGGGAUAAACAAAGUACCUUCCAUAUAUCUUUCUUUCUGGUUCAGAGAAACUCUGUACACAAAGUGUGGUAAUAUUCAAAUUUGAAAAUUUUUGCUUGAAAGUUUGUAAUUUGCUAGUCAUUGUCAGUAUAAUGAAGCAUAUUUUGUAAAUGUAAUUAAAUUUUUCAAAUUCUGGUUUAAAAAGAUCUAUGUGGUACUUUUUUGUGUAUGUAUUGUUUUGCUUACAGACGCUGUGGAUGAAUAUUCCUUCAUGUGAUAAAACCAUUGAUCUGUUCAUUAACUACAGUGUGCAUACUAUGAUUAUGUGAGGCACUUCAUACAUGUUUCCCAUUAAUAAGGCAUCAGUAAAAUCAGUCUUUGAAGAUUAUGUUGAGAUUAAAGUUUUCAAAAUUUCAUCUCGAACCAUCUUCAGGAACUGAGUUUAUUAAUGAAACUGAACUGCAAACCACUACCGUGAAUUCAGUACAACCAUGCAUACCUUCAAAUAUUAAAAAUGGAACUGGUUUUUUGUUGCAUCCCAGAAACGACGCAACCGAAAAUUAUCAAUGAUUUACUGUACAAGCUGUAAUUUUCGCGGGGGUUUUAUUUUCGCGGAUUUCGCGAAUUGCCGAUCGCCCGCGAAUUUAACAACACGCGAAAAUAUUGACACACUUGUUAGUCAGUGCCAAUGUCCCCAACAGCAAAGCUUUGCUAUUGAAAACAUACUGUGUAGUGAGAAAAUGGAGAUAUGCACCUCUAUAUGUACAAAAAAUAAGGCUUAGAAAGUACAGUUAGUGAUUCAAAAAGUUAGCUAGAAUUUCACUUUUUUUAAUUUCUCAAACAAAAUCAGAGCCUAAAGUAUUUUCUAACAUUAUUUUAUCAAUAUCUAUACACUCAUUGUAAUAUUAAAAUGUAUUUUCCAUGAAAUAAUUUGAUAUUAUUGUCAUCUGAUUGACUCUAUUACACACGUAUUGGCAGCUAUUUGCAUACUCAUUAAUAUUCAUAAGUCACAUGACCAGAGCUUUUACAGUUGAAGAUUCUGUUCACAAAAUUCCACAUUUUUGCAGUUUUACCAACUUUUUGAAAAAUUAAUAGAACAAAACACAAAUUCUAAAAAUUGCUUAACCUUAUAAAUUACAGAUCAAACUGUGGCAUGAUGAAUUUUCAGAUCUAAAGGUAAAAAAAAUGAAAUUUAAACCACCUUUUUCCACAGUUUGUAACUGUUUUUACAGGGACAUAUUUAUGUACAAAAGACACAUCAGUAUGGGACUGUGAGGAGUAAAGAUUUGCACGUAAUUAGCACUAGUUUUGCUUCUUUUAAAUGCUGUGGAAAUGUUUUCUACAUCUUCCGAUCGCGAAUUUAACAACCCGCCAAAAUGUCGGGACCCCCGCGAUUCGCGAAAAAUUCUGUACGCGAAAAUAACAGCUUCUACAGUAUCAUAACUUAUUCAUAAAUACAUCUGACAAAUAAACUAUCAUUGUAAAACUUA